AUUUGAGCCAAGAUCUUCGGCUUGCACUUUCUGCACCAUUGCAUCACGUCCUCAGACAAGAACUGCCUCUCUACUUGCAGUUGUGGCUAUCGCGCGGUCAUGUGUUGUCAGCCCUGCCCGGCCAGGCUCGCGUCACGGCGCAGGCAGGCUGCGCCUCCCGCCCUCGAUGUUCGAAGCGCAGCUUACCCCGACGAUCAACUUCUACACCACAGCACCCAGGGGCUCCGUCUGCCUUCACCCUUAACUUAGCGAACUGUUACGUAGCGCUCACGACGGACAAACGACUAAGAUCUCGACGCCCUGCGCGAGCUAUCUCCCGUGCGCUAUCAAUUCUCUCAGCCUGCCUCGAGGCUCCAAGACUCCCUUUUACUGCUCGCGCAUAUAAACACAAACAAGGCCCGAUGCGACUGUUGUACAGCACAAGCGGAGGGAGACUCGGAUGGACCGAGGACUUGAUUGGCGACAAUAUCCCCUCCUAUGCGAUCCUGUCGCAUACCUGGAAGGAGGGGCAGGAGGUAACCUUCGACGAUCUGAAGAACCUCGACAAAGUGGAAGACAUUGACGCGCAAAGCAAUGAGGGAUAUCAGAAAAUCCGCUUCUGCGCAUCACAGGCUAAGCGUGACGGCCUAGACUACUUCUGGGUAGACACCUGCUGUAUUGACAAGUCAAACAGCUCAGAGCUUCAAGAAGCGAUCAACUCCAUGUUUCGAUGGUAUCAAAACGCGAGGAGGUGUUAUGUUUAUCUGUCAGAUGUUGAGAGUAACACUUUAGACGGGAAUGGCGAGUCAGCUUUCAUGAAGAGCAGAUGGUUUACCCGAGGCUGGACACUUCAGGAACUUCUUGCUCCUAGAGUGGUUGACUUCUUCUCGAGGAAGGGCGUGUGGCUGGGGGACAAGAAGUCGCUGAAAGACACCAUCCACGAAAUCACAGGAAUAUCUAACGACGCUCUGUCAUGGAGGCAAGUGUCCGAGUUCAGCGUAGCUGAGCGGUUCUCUUGGGCAAAUAAUCGCCAAACAACACGCUCAGAAGAUGGAGCAUACUGUCUGCUAGGCAUAUUUGACAUUCAUCUACCGUUGAUCUAUGGCGAAGGCAAAGAGAAGGCGUUGAAGCGACUGAAAAAAGAGAUACUGGAGUCUUCCGAGGACGUCGCAAGUGCUCCUGUGAAUGACACUGAUACUCGCAGCCGAAGCCAAGAAGAAAGGAUUGGCAAGAUCUGCAACUGGCUUUCGGCGCCUGACCCGUCCACAAACUACCACAAAGCGCACAGGCAGCGGCAGGCUGAGACCGGAAUCUGGCUGCUGGAAAGCGCAAAGUACAAAGAAUGGAAAGAGAGUGCAGCAUCGCGACUAUGGCUGUACGGCAUUCCAGGAUGUGGAAAGACUAUAUUGAGCUCUACCAUCAUCGAGGACUUGCUGCAGCACUGCCAUGAUGACACUAGUAUGGUGACGGCAUUCUUCUACUUUGACUUCAACAAUAUACAGAAACAAGAUCCGGAGCUGAUGAUCCGCUCACUGCUCUGCCAGCUCCUACAGCACUCAGUAACAUUUCUUAGAGGCCUUGACGCAUUAUUCUCGUCUUGCAAGAAUGGACAACGACAGUUAUCACUGCAUGCACUUCUGGAGGUAACACAGCAGGUGAUGCAACAGUUCACGCAUGUCUACAUCGUUCUCGAUGCGCUCGAUGAGUGUACACAACGCCCAGGACUAAUGGACGUGCUUGAAACAGUGUCUGGAUGGCAGCUUGACAAUUUGCAUCUGCUUAUGACCAGCCGGAAAGAGCGGGAUAUCGAGAGCUCGUUGCAGAGUUACGUCGAGGAAGAGGACACUGUCUGUCUUCAGAGGGACGUAGUGGAUGAGGAUAUACGACGAUACGUUCAGCAAAGGCUAUCUGACGAUAAGGAUCUGGCAAAAUGGAACAGGGACGCGGCUAUCAGGCAAGAGAUCGAGGCUGCACUCAUGGACGGAGCUCGCGGGAUGUUCCGAUGGGCUGUAUGUCAGCUUGACACGUUGGUAAAGUGUCGCAAUCGAGCGAUGCUGCGCAAGUCACUCGCCACUUUGCCGCAAACGCUAGACCAGACGUACGACCGCAUUCUCUCUGCCAUAAACGAAGACGACUCCGAGUACGCGAUACGUAUCCUGCGGUGGCUGACGUUCUCUGCGCGGCCACUCUCCGUCGAAGAGUUUUCCGAAGUCGUUGCCAUCGAUGUGACGCGCGAUCCAGCAUUCGAACGCGACGAAGUGCUAGAAGACCCCCUUGAAGCGCUGAACAUUUGCUCCAGUCUAGUCACUCUUACAACGAACAAAGAGGAAGGGAGAUCGCGGCCUUCCCAACGGAUCAUCGCUCUAGCACACUAUUCUGUCCAAGAAUACCUUGUGUCAGAUAGAAUCAAGCAAGGACAAGCAAAGCAGUACAGCAUGCAAGAGGCCGAAUGCCACAACGCGAUAACAGAAAGUUCCUUGAAGUAUCUGAACCAGUUGCAGCAACCACUGUCAAGAAGAAUGCUUGAGACAUCCGCACUUGCAAGGUAUUCGGCAGAGUUCUGGAGCAGCCAUCUUCAAAAAACAGGAGACGGCAUUGAGGGAGUGAGUGGGCUAGCAAUGAGGUUAAUGUCAAUAGAAAACCCCACAUAUCUCACCUGGGUCCAGUUAUAUGAUCCGGACAGUCCUUGGAGGAGACCAUAUAUGAAAAAACGCCUGGAAACUGUGGCUACACCGCUUUACUACGCAGCAUCGUUAGGCUUGAAUACGGUUACGACGAUGUUGCUGAACCAAGGCGCCGAAGUCAAUGCGCAGGGUGGAUCCUACGGCAACGCACUGCAGGCAGCUUCAUACAGAGGCCACGAGCAGGUAGUCAAGCUACUGCUUGACAAAGACGCCGACGUCAACGCGCAGGGUGGAUACUACGGCAACGCACUGCAGGCAGCUUCAGCUGGAGGCCACGAGCAGAUAGUCAAGAUGCUGCUCGACAAAGACGCCGACAUCAACGCGCAGGGUGGACGUUACGACAGUGCCAUGUACGCGGCUGCGUAUGGGGGGCACAAAGAGACUCUCGGUAUUCUGAUCUUAAGGGGUAAUAUCCCACAGCUGCAAGAUAAUCACGGACGGACAUUGCUUUGGUGGGCCGCGGCUGGCGGUGACAUUGCUACUGUGGAAGCGCUUAUUAAUAAGCACAACAUCGACCCUCAAACAGCCGACAGGUUUGGGCGAAAGCCUUUCUGGAUAGCCACGAAGAAAGGACAUAGCGCAGUAUCGAAGCUUCUGAACGGAUAUGGUGGGGAUACUAACGGCGAGGGAGUAACAUCACGCGACAGUAGCAAUGACUGGUCGCCUAUGGAAUGCGAUGUCUGCCUAACACGCAUUCCGACAAGUGAAUGUCAUUAUCAUUGCAGUCUCUGCAUUGGUGGAGACUGGGAUGUAUGCGAAGACUGUAGAAGGAGGGGAGCCACUUGCAUGGAAAUGGCUCACACUUUGGUCAAGCGUACGAUGCUUGAUGGAGUUUGGGUUGAGAUCACCAGCUGA